GGUUUAGGAGUUGGUGACAUUCCAGGAUGUGGUUGUGGAUUUCACCAGGGAGGAGUGGUGCCUCUUGGACCAUUGUCAGAAAGAGCUCUACAAGGAGGUCAUGCUGGAGAAUGUCCAGAACCUGCUUUCUGUAGUGCAGAUGUUGGGAAAGGAAGAGAAUGGAAUAAGCAUUCAUAAUGGAAUGAGCAGUCUUACUGCACAUCAGAGAAUACACUCUGCAGAGAAACCUUAUGGAUGUAAUCAAUGUGGAAAGACUUUCACAUGGAGUUCCAGUCUUGUUGCACAUCAGAGAAUCCACACUGGAGAGAAACCUUAUGAAUGUAAUAAGUGUGGAAAGGCUUUCGUAGAGAGUUCCCGUCUUGCUGUACAUCAGAGAAUCCACACUGGAGAGAAACCUUAUGAAUGUAAUCAGUGUGGAAAGACUUUCACAAAGAGUUCUAAUCUUGCUGCACAUCAGAGAAUACACUCUGGAGAGAAACCUUUUGAAUGUAAUCAGUGUGGAAAGACUUUCACAGAGAGUUCCAGUCUUGCUAAGCAUAGGAGAAUCCACACUGGAGAGAAACCUUAUGGAUGUAAUCAAUGUGGAAAGACUUUUGCACGGAGUUCCAGUCUUGCUGCACAUCAGAGAAUACACUCUGGAGAGAAACCUUAUGAAUGUAAACAGUGUGGAAAGACUUUCACACAGCAUUCCAGUCUUGCUGCACAUCAGAGAAUCCACACUGGAGAGAAACCUUUUGAAUGUAAUCGGUGUGGAAAGACUUUCACAAAGAGUUCUAAUCUUGCUGCACAUCAGAGAAUACACUCUGGAGAGAAACCUUAUGAAUGUAAACAGUGUGGAAAGACUUUCACAGUGAAUUCCGGGCUUGUUGCACAUCAGAGAAUCCACACUGGAGAGAAACCUUUUGAAUGUAAUCGGUGUGGAAAGACUUUCACAAAGAGUUCUAAUCUUGCUGCACAUCAGAGAAUACACUCUGGAGAGAAACCUUAUGAAUGUAAACAGUGUGGAAAGACUUUCACAGUGAAUUCCGGGCUUGUUGCACAUCAGAGAAUCCACACUGGAGAGAAACCUUUUGAAUGUAAUCGGUGUGGAAAGACUUUCACAAAGAGUUCUAAUCUUGCUGCACAUCAGAGAAUACACUCUGGAGAGAAACCUUAUGAAUGUAAACAGUGUGGAAAGACUUUCACAGUGAAUUCCGGGCUUGUUGCACAUCAGAGAAUCCACACUGGAGAGAAACCUUAUGAAUGCAAUCAUUGUGGAAAGGCCUUCACAGAGAAAUCACAUCUUGCAGCACAUCAGAGAAUCCACACUGGAGAGAAACCUUAUGAAUGUAAUCAGUGUGGAAAGACUUUCACACAGCAUUCCAGUCUUGCUGUACAUCAGGGAAUCCACACUACAAAGAAAAAUUAA